AUGGCAGAGGUGCAGGGCAUACGGGCCAGCCUGCAGGCACUGCAGGCGAGAAUCGGCUCGUACUUCGACGGCGCGGACAACAUGCAGCAGGAGAACGGAGACCCGCUCCUGGACGUGGUGCAACAGUACCCCGAGGAGGCGGCCUGGUUCAUCAAGGUUGUGAUGUUCUUCGGGAGCGUCUCCGGCGUCCUCAUCUCGAUUCCCUGCAGCGUCUUCCUGUUCAUGUACUGGACUCCCUGUGAGCAGUGCAACCGGCCGCUGCGGAUCUGGGUGCUGAUCCAUUGCGUGCUGCAAAUGAUGCAGGCACCCGUACGACUGGUGUUCUUCAUGCGCCUCCGCCAGAUCCAGCAACGCAACGGGGACAUCCAGGAGUGCGUCCGGCAGCUCACCCAGUCUUCAGCCUGGAGGAUGAGCAAGGCCGUCUCCAUCGUCACCUACGGAUGGUUCAUUCUGGGUGUGGUCUGGCUUCUCAAUUCCACGACUUGCAAGCCGUGCCCUGGCCUAUACAGGCUGACAUUGGCGGUGAUCUCCACCGCGGUUGCGAGGCUGGCCAUGACGCUGAUCAUCUUCUACCACUCGUUCCCAGCGCAGCAGGGCGAGCGGCCCUUCCCCAAGCCCCGAGGAGCCACGCAGGACGUUAUCGACACCAUGCCGACCGUAAAGUACUGCCCCCACAGCCACGGGUGCUCGGAGACGAGCUGCGCAGUGUGCUUGGCCGAUUUCGAAGAGGGUGAUGAAAUGCGCCAGCUACCUUGCAAGCAUCACUUCCACAGGAGGCGGAGCGAGUCGUGCGACGCAGGCCCCCUGAUGUCCCUCGUUCCCGAUGUGCGGUUGUACACGCCGCACCUGGGAUGUCUGGUACCGUUCAAGGCGGCCAGCUCCGCCCACGGGGAGCGCGAGCGCGCCCGCCAGUCUCGGGUCCGGCCGAAGCAGGCCCUGGCGGCCGCCGUCGCCCUGCCGUGCGCCCUGUGCGCCGCCGCCCGCGCGGCGGAGGGGCCGGCGCUCGCGGGCGCCCGCUGGCGUAUCGGGCGGGCCGCGGGCGCCCGUGGGCCGACGGUGCUCAGAGGGCCUCAAUGUCGCCUUCUGGAACACUCCGAGCCCUCCUGGGGCAAUCUGACCAACGCCGCGAAGACAAAUGUCGCAUGCUUCUACCUUAGUUUCACCAACGCGCUCUUCUCGCCGUUCAAGAAAGAAGCGCACGGACCCAUUGACGACCUCAUUCCCCUGGCCAACUCGCCCCAGCACCCGCGCAAGCCGUUCCACCCGAUCGGGGUCGCCAACGACGUGCCCGCCUGCAACGCUGGCGGCGUCGGCUUCCUCGUCCCUCACGACAAGAGAGAGCUUCAGCUUUCACCUGAACAGCGGCCUCAAGCCAGCGAACUUUGCGACACCGCUUACGACCAGCUUUCAAUCACCACGGUACUGCAAGGCGCGCGGUGCAACGACUGUUGGAAGAUCAAGACCGCCAUCGUCCAGCUCUUCGAGGGCGUCAUCAACUCCAACUUCUUCGUUGACUGGCUGGGCGGGGCCGCCGGCCUGGCGCUCCCGGUCGCGAGCAUCGACGUCCUCCAGGCGGCGCUCAGCGAGGGCAAGCCAGUGGUGGCGGACUUCAUGGCCCCCAGGUGCGCGUCGUGCAGGCGCAUGGACAAGGUGCUGGACGCCUUCGACGACUACUUCGCGGGCCGCGUGCGGGUGCUCAGGGUCAACGUGCUCCAGCAUCCGCACUUCAUGGACCGGCUCGACUUCAGAAGGGUGCCCGCGGUGUUCCUCUUCGAGUCGGGCGCGGGGGGGCUCGUCGACAGCUUCGUCGGGGCGGAGGCCAAGGAUCCACGCGCUUGA